AUGGCGCCGACUCCACGCGUGCAACAGAAGACAUCGUCGGCUGCCUCGCAGACUGCAUCGACCAAGGUACCACAGCAAGAGCUCGGCGACCUACAUUCUCUACGCACAUAUUUAGAGUAUGAAUACGGCACCGAUAUAGGUAUUGCAUUGUCGGGCGAUGCAGCUAAUCGGCGUGGCAUGAAUACGGCCCUGAAGCAUGGCGCUGCCGCGCUUGAGCAGCGUGACCAUGAUGUUCCAUGGCGCCAAGCACUCGGUAAAAAUGCGUAUGAGUUUUUACGGCGGCAGCAUACACUGCUGUGGCCCCUUGCCGGUGAUGAUGCUCCUGCGCCGCCCUGGCUGCUUGCUGACGAAGUCGCUGCGAUGAUGGAGGGCCAAGCGCGUCGCACAGACAUGGAAACGCACUCAUUGCACCAGGUCCAUAAGCAGGAACAUGCUCACGUAUGGAUGGCAGUCCAAGAAAAGCUGCGCUCUCUCCUUCUGAAUUUGGUUUGGGCGCCCUCCAUCACUGUGCUGCCGUCCACGCUGCAACGUGAUAUUGAUACGGCUGUGGCUGAUCCUACGCCUUAUAAAGCGGAAGCGCUUCGGAGUAUUCUCACUUACCGACACUGGAGCACCGACAAAAGGCUGUACGCACAUCCACUGACGUGGCGCGAUAUUUUGGCCGUAGCACUUGUACAUGACGACCCUGUUCUUCGACAAGCCGCGGAAGAAACGUGUACCCUUUUAUCUGAGGUUUUUGGAGCGCAAGAGUACGAACCGCGCCUUAUUCGGCGGACAUGGUCCUUGGAGCAUUGUGCACCGAUUCAGCAACGUGCCCAACGUGUGCGGGAAGCCCGAGAUGCCAUCCCAGCGUACAACCUCCUGGACGAAUCCGCUGACGUGUUGUAUCGAAGUCCUCCCCUUUGGCCACUUGCAGCGUCGAUGGCACCAGCCGAGCAAGAACAUAGAGAGUUUUCUAUGCCCGCUUGGCACUGUUCUUCAGCUGAGAUUCGUGAUGCCCUUGUCUGGGAUAGUGAGGACGAUGGCGUAUCGGACGACUCCAACACGGAGACGUCCGAUGAGGUUUUCUCUAUAUCGUCCACGUCUGAAGCGUCGUCAUCUUCAUCUGAGACAUCGUUGUCUUCGUCCGAGGAAGACAGCUCCUCUUCGUCGUCUUCGCCGUACUCGAGCGAUGCUUCCAUGCCAUCCUCGUCCCCCCCGAUCACCAUGCGGCGACUCCGCAAGCGGCCACCGCCACGUCGCGUGUCUGGUGGUCCGUCCAAGAAGCCGCGCUCUUCGCACGCACCUAUAUACCCUCCUACUAUUACACGCACCCAGUCCAGGUAG